AUGGUCGACGGAAGACACGAACGCGAACCACUCCUGAGCAUCAUGGAGCGACAACAGGCCCACGAGCCUGCGAACCAGGCAGAACCCAUAGAGCACCCCGAUGCGCCCCUUGGGGAUUCCCCACGCCGCGAGCUCGAAGUCGACGACGAUUCCUCCCCAUCGACGCCCCGGUUCAUGCAGGACGAAGGGCACUGGAAGCGGUGGAGAUGGGUCCCAUACCCGGUACGCCGCACCGUGAAGGCCGCCGCGAAAUGGUCGAAGGGCCCGCCGAACCCGCAAGACUACAAGAUCAAGCCCAUACUGCCACAAGUCCAAGAGUUUCCUCUUGUCUUGGUUGACCGGUGCCUACGAAAAUCCAAACACCGUUUCGGUUUCGUUUUCUUCUACGCCGCCAUCUGGAUCAUCGCGUUCGCUCUGGUCAAGAGGAGCGAGACUUUCGCUACAGAGAUUGAAGGAUGGGGAGCGCCGCAGCAAAUCGGAUGCGGCGCAACGUAUUGGGGCCGGGGAAACAAUUGCGGCCUCAACGGGGCCGAUUGCCGCCCAUUCAACGGCAGCGGGUUCCCCUUCAGGUGCUCGGCCAACUGCGCUGGCUACAUGGUCCUGAACCCGAGGGCCGUAGGAGACCAGGAGAUCGUCUACGAGCCGCUCGUCGUCGGCGGACCAAGUGACAACUCAAGCUCGCCCAUCUAUCGUGGCGAUUCGUUCCUCUGCGGCGCCGCAAUUCAUGCCGGUGUGAUCUCCAACGAAAACGGAGGCUGCGGUGUCGUCCGCCUGGUUGGGCGACAUGAGGGUUUCGUCAGCUCUGAAAGGAAUGAUAUUCAAAGCAUCGGUUUCGACUCGUAUUUCCCGCUCACUUUCACAUUUGAACCAGGCAUCGAAUGCAAGGCCCGGGACCUCAGGUGGAUGCUGCUGGCGGUGUCAGUCGUUUUCACGACAGUGCUCUCUCUAUUCACGGCGUCUCCCGCGCUCUUCUUCUUCUCCGUCUUCGUCGGCGUAUUCUGGCAUGUCGGACUUGCCUCAGACCCGCCGAAUCACUACUCCGUCGCCGAUCUCGUGUCCAACAUCAUCGGCAAAUUCAUCCCUGCCAUGUUCUGCGCCUGGGUCAUCUAUGACAAAAUGGGCGUCCGACGGACGCUGACUGGUCUUACCGCCCAGAUCGAGAAGACCGUUCUGUGGCUCGGUGGGUGCUGGGUUGGCGCGCUUAGCAAUUACACCUUCAGCUGGAUCCCAAUCCAGCGGCUCAAUGCGCACGAUCUAAAUCAGCAACCAGGAGCCAAGGCCGCUUUGGCAGUCAUCAUCAUCGUCUUGGUUGUCAUCGUUGUCCAACAGGUGUGGUACUUUAGACAAGAAGGCCGUCUACUGAGGUACCUCAAGCUUUACCUACUUUUCUUGGGAGGGAUCCUUGUCUGUCUAGUCCUGCCAGACCUGAGUCUCCGUAUCCACCACUACAUCCUGGCUCUGCUAUUGCUUCCGGGCACGAGCAUGCAAACGAGACCUUCUCUACUCUACCAGGGACUCCUGGUCGGUCUGUUCAUCAACGGCGUCGCCCGCUGGGGGUUUGACGCUGUGCUGCAGACGCCCGCCGCCCUCCAGGGCGACGCGCAGCAUGGUUCUGUGCUGCCCAGCAUCCUCCCUCCCGUCAUCGACUUGAGUCAGGGCAUGUGGAGCAUCAACUUCACAUGGAACAGCCCUCCGGCGGGUGCGCAGUAUGAUGGCAUCAGCGUCCUGGUCAACGACGUGGAGCGCUUCCGCUCGUACUUUGACGACGGUCCCGUUCCCGCGAAGAGCUUCGUUUGGACCCGCGAGAGUGAACUCGGGCUGAACGAGUAUGUCCGGUUCGGCUUCAUGGAAGGCAGCACGAGUUAUGACUUCACCAAAGCAGGUAUUUGGAACGCCGAAGGGAAAUGGAUAGACAUGAAGCCGGGCCCCUCCAUGGUCCGGGCCCGGUCUCUAGGAGACGAGGAUGAGUCUGUGCCGCGGUGA